ACUCACGAAUCGGACACCUCUAAAGGACAAUGGAGUCGGGUGCACCGGAGUCAAAUCGAGUCGAGAUCGUUCUACCUCGAAUGUAUCCACUUCGGAUUAGUCAGAGUUGUGAAACGGAUGAGUGGAUGAACAUCAGUGUUAUAUGACCGCUGUGCGCUGUUUUCUGAUGACCAUCUCGCGCUUUCGGGUGUCAUUAGAAGUUCCUCGCUGGAAAGACCUACCGCUGCUUCGUCUCCCGGGUUUCCCCUAAACAAUAAGGGUUUCAUGUGAUUUUUAUGGCACUGAACAUUUCAGGAGCUCUUCAUACAAUGUCUGAAGUCAGUAUUGGACGGAAGAAAGAAAAGUGUGAGAAUUGCACCAAACAGUGCAACAAGAAACAGAGUGAUGAAGGUAUAAACUCACUGCAGGAGAAAGGUGCUGCCGCUGGAGAGGUGAAAGAGUCUACCUCGGUUCAGCAGGUGUUGCUGAGCGCGUGUCUGUCCUGUGACGGCUGCGUAUCGGAGGACGAAGGCCAGAGAGUCUCUCAGCAAAAUCUGGAUGAGAUCAAGCAUGUGCUCGCCCUCAAUAAGAAAUGUGAUACUUCGAAGCACAAAAUUCUCGUGGUGUCUGUGUGUCCCCAGUCGCUGCCGUUUUUUGCUAUUAAAUUUCAGCUGGAUGUUCCAGCCGCUGCGAGGAAACUAUGUGGCUUCUUAAAGAGUGUGGGGGUUCAUUAUGUCUUUGACACUACAGUAGCUGCAAGCUUUAGCAUUUUGGAAAGCCAGAGAGAGUUUGUUCAGCGUUACCGUCGUAAACAUCACGACUCUAAUGCCAUGCCAAUGUUCACGUCCUCAUGUCCAGGUUGGAUUCGCUACGCAGAGCGUGUUCUUGGUAGCCUGGUCACGCCACACAUCUGCACCGCCAGAUCGCCUCAACAGAUCAUGGGCUCCUUGGUCAAAGACUUUUUUGCCAGACAACAGAAGCUGACCCCAGAUCAGAUUUUCCAUGUGGUGGUGGCUCCCUGCUUUGAUAAGAAGCUUGAAGCUGUGAGAGAGGAAUUCUACAACAGCAUCCUAGAGACCAGAGAUGUCGACUGUGUGCUUACGUCAAGAGAGAUUCUCCACUUAAUGGAGCAAAGCAAAGUUACUGUAGAGGAAAUGGACUCUGCUUCUUUGGAUCACGUAUUUGGUGAGACCAGUGAUCCAGGUAUGACCAGGCAUGAAGGUCGUGGAUCCGAAGGCUUCUUGGAGCACAUUUUGAAACAUUCAGCCAAAGAACUGUUUGGCCUAGACGUCCAAGAGAUUGUGUACAAGACCCUCAGGAAUCGAGACUUCCAGGAGGUGGCGCUCGAGCGUGAUGGAGAGAUUCUGCUGCAGUUUGCUGCAGUUUAUGGCUUCCGGAACAUUCAGACUUUAGUGCACAGGAUGAGGAAAGGCAAAGUGCCCUACCAACUAGUGGAGGUGCUGUCCUGUCCUGGAGGCUGUUUAAGUGGGCGAGGACAAGCUGAGGGAGAGGGAGGUCGUCCUGAUCGAACACUGGUCCAGCAAAUAGAAGAGCACUAUAGCAGCUUACCUGUCCGUCUGCCUGACACCAACCCAGAGGUCCAGCGCCUCUACCGGGACUGGCUGGACGGCCACGACUCCCCACACGCGCAGCAGUGCCUCCACACUCGGUACAAGAACCACACGCAGCCGUCCUCUCAGAUAGUAAAUUCUGAUAUUCAGUGGUGAUUGGAAAUCACUGAUGCAUUCCCACACGUCUUGGAACCAAGGUUGGCGUUAAAAGCGCCAAUCAAGACUGACUGUUUGUUACCGUCUUAGGCUCGCGUGGACUGCAGUGUGUCUGCGGUUAAAGAACAGUUGAACAGGGGGCCAAACGGGCUUCCCGUUCUGUGCAGCGAAAUCAGACUCUGCUUUGCUAAUGAGAAGAUUUGCAUUCGUUGACUAGUUUUCUGGAACAUUGACUCCUACGUUACACCUAAAUGAUGUCAUGCAUGGUUGGGCAACUAGCCGUCACAUAAAAAGUGUUAUUAAAAUGACAGUAGCAAUAACACGAGGCAAAAAUAUCUGGCUGUUAUCAAUAUUAAUUACUGGACCCUGUUAUUACGCACUGAAAGAAAUACUGAAGGCAUUGUGUAUGAUUAUCACUAACUUUAGAAAAUGCAAAACUAAUACAUACUGGCACAGUGAAUUAAACAAUACCCCUACCAUCAAUUAAAGCUUCUGUUUAUUUAUUUUUAUAAAAGUCUGUGGAGUAAUUUUAACAGACCUGGCAGUGAUUUAUAUAGCUUUGCUCAGAUGCAUUAAGAACCGUGCUCAAACAUUAUCCACAACCUUAGAUUUCUGCAAAAUAUGGGAUGCGUGUACAAAUCUUGCGAUUCUCACUUAAUAUAUUGUGACUGAUUUAUGCCCGAAGUACUGAAGCACAUCAAGCGCGUCAAAUGCAUCUUCAGAUUACAUAUGGGUCCAGUUUAAAGCAUUUGUCUGUUUGUAAAUGUGACCCUGGACCACGAAUCCUGGUCCGAGUCUUAAGUCACUGGGAUAUAUUUGCAGCAAUAGGCAAAAAUACAUUGUAUGGGUCAGAAUCAUCCAAUUUUCUUGCUAAAAUCUUUAGGAUAUUAAAUAGAGAUCAUGUUGAUUUUUUUUGGUAAAUUUCCUUUUGUAAAUAUAUUCACACUUAAAUAUUAAUUAGUAAUAUGCAUUCUAGUAACAUGCACAUAAGAGCUUCAUCUGGACAACUUUAAAGGUGAUUUUCAAACAGUUGUCAGACAAAUAUUGUCCUAGCAAAUCAUGCAUCAAUGAAAAGCUCAUCUCAGUUUUGAAAAAUUGACACUUAUGACUGGUUUUGUGGUCCAGGGUCACAAAUGUCUUCUAGUGUGAUCAGAUUAUUGGUUUGACUUUUGUUGCAGUUUUCUAAUGAGACACUAGAUGGCAGAACACACCACUACAUAUAGACUGAUGGACGGCAGUUAGGGCCUAAAAUCUCUCUCAGCUGUACCACUUGCUGUGGUAACCUGUUUAUGAGCUUAUGUUGCAACUGGUUGCUCUGCCACAACAUGUUUCUGUGUCAUAAAAUUCAUCACACGUGUAGCUUUAUGCGCCACUCUUCAGUCACUGCGAUAAAAGAUGUGGUAAGCUGAUUUUCUUGAUAUAUUUAUACGAGGGAUAGUAUGAUUUCAUUUGAUAAAGUACAUAAGCAUUUUAUGAAUGAAAGUCCAAAAAUAUACUAUCCCAGAGUAAUAAUCAAUGAGAAGAAAACGAGCAACGACAACAGAUAAGAAAGACCGAACCUAAAACAUCUAAUACUUAAAAAAAUAAGUAGGUAGUAAUUAUAUCAAAGGUAAAUAAUGAUACAUGCAUAGAUAAAUAGAUACAGUCCAAAAAAUGUUAUUGAAAGUAAGAAAAUGUGGUUUAUGAUUAAAGAUUUAGUAACAUUAAGGCUAAAUCUUAUUUCUCAAAUGGAGCAAUCUUGCCUUAUUGCGCAAACAUGCAUGUCCUUCCUUGCUUGACCACUUUUGAGCCAUUAACCAGUGAAGUGAUGUCAGACACACAAGAAGCCAAAUUAAGGAGGUAGUAUGAUUUUGUACUUUGUUGCCGUUCACCCAAGAAUUUAAAAAGCAAAUGAGUAUGCUACAGAGGUGCCCUUUGAACUUUCAGUGUACUUGGAAAAGUGAAUCUCAUUUGUGAUUAAACCGUAACAAUAUUUAGAUAUUGUUUAUAACUUUGCUGGUGUAUGUCGACAGGCAGAUAAUAUCUGAAAGUGAAUCAGCAAAUCUUUAUCUUUUUUACUGCAUGGAAAAGGCUGUCGCAGUAACAAGAUUAUUACAGUGUAUUUAAAAGGAAAACUUUUAGUGUCGUUAUAGAGAUUUCUCAUCAAAGCUAUACGCUAAAAAUCUGAUUAUAAUGACAUUGCAUAAUGACCCCUGUUAGUAUAUACAAAAAGGAGAUAUAUUAGGAAAUUAUAUGGCAAAAUGUUAUAAUUUUAUUCAACCUUGGAAUGCCACAGAAUUCUAGCUAUUACCUGAUUCAACCCUGAACUGAUCACUCAACUAUUAUGGAUAUCAUAAAGAAGCGGUUUAGGACUUCUAGAAGAGAAUUAUUGUUGUUUAUAAUAAUGUGUCCCUAUUUAAUAUGAAAUUAAAAAGCCUAGCAUAAAUAUGUUAAAAAUGUUUAACUGGUUUUAAACGAUAAAACUAAAUUAAAAUCAUAAAAAUUAAAAAGGUGUCACUUACCUAUCUAUAUUAUAUGUCCAAUUAAUAUAACGUUUCUAUGAAAUAAAAUAUUUAUUGUAAUAAA